CUGGACGGGACGCUUCUUCAGGAACAACAAGGCGCCAACUCUUUCAACCACCUCGGUAGCUUGCUAGACAACAUAAAACUAAAAUAUUGAUUCUUUAGACCAUGUUAUUGUACAUUAGCUAAUCUCAGUGUUUUAAACAAAUUUCGGUUGACGUAUCUACUGGUGAACUUUAACCUAAUGUGCUUGUUCAAUUUACAAACUUGUUAAAGAUUGAUACUGAGGUUAGCACUAGGCUAGUCGCUAAUGCUAGCUAGCUAGCUAGCUAACAUCCCUGACCAUGAGCUCACUGAACUACUCCUCCCUUGCUAAUGAAGAGGUCUGCUUUACGGAGAAAGAAUCUUUCAGAAUGAAAAAGGAGGAAGAGGAGGCUGUUAUAGUGAAAGAAGAGAAAGAACCUUUUAGAGAGGAAGAGGAUGCUAUCUUAAUAAACGUGAAGGAGGAAGACGUUUUGAGAGUGAAAAAGGAGGAGACAGAAGAUCCGAUUGACACCAGAGAGAGACAUGACUAUGGUGGAUACUCUACGGAGCCUCAACAACAUCCUGAUGCUGACGAGGCAGAGAAGAGUCUCUCCAGAUCAGAACACCAGAUGGACAACGCUAGCCCUUCCAGCCUCCCGGAGUCCAUGUGUCGUGCCUCUCCCGGUCGCACCUUACUGCUGGGUAUGAAGAGGUUGUCUGUGCUGCUGGUGGACUUCAGGAAAACAACGGGGCUGAGUGGAACUGUGAGGGUAGGAGAAGAGAUGAAAGGAUCAGAUUUGACUCAUCAAAGAGAAAGACCAGACUCAGAGGAACCAGAGCCAGGGAUGUCCAAACCAGCAAGAAGACACCAGUGUUCCCACUGUGGAAAGGGUUGUAACCACUUAAGUGAGCUUAAACGACACGAGAACAUUCACAAAGGGGAGAAGCCUUACCACUGCUCCCAGUGUGAAAAAUGUUUCAACAAGUCAUGGGAGCUGAAACAGCAUGAGAGAAUUCACACAGGGGAGAAGCCUUGCCACUGCUCCCAGUGUGGCAAGUGUUUUAACCAGUUAGGAGCCCUGAAACAGCACGAGAGAAUACACACAGGGGAGAAGCCUUACCACUGCUCCCAGUGUGGCAAGUGUUUUGCCCAGUUAGGGACCCUGAUACAGCACGAGAGAAUACACACAGGGGAGAAGCCUUACCAAUGCUCCCAGUGUAGCAAGUGUUUUAGCCAGGGAGGGGCCCUGAAACAGCACGAGAGAAUACACACGGGGGAGAAGCCUUACCACUGCUCCCAGUGUGGCACGUGUUUUAACCGGUUAGGAGCCCUGAAACAGCACGAGAGAAUACACACAGGGGAGAAACCUUACCACUGCUCCCAGUGUGGCAAGUGUUUCACCGGGGCAGGGGAUCUGAAAAAACACGAAAGAAUACACACAGGGGAGAAGCCUUACCACUGCUCCCAGUGUGGCAAGUGUUUUACCCUGUUAGGGACCCUGAAACAGCACAAGAUAAUACACACAGGGGAGAUGCAUUACCACUCCUCCCAGGGUGCCAUGCUUUUGCCCAUUUAGGAAGCCUGAAAGAACAUGAGACACAGAGGAGAAGGCUUACAAAAGGUUAGAUUUUGGGAAAAAAUAUUACUGUUAGUGGAAUUCUAAAUUCCUCUGUAUUAUUUCCCAAUCAGAAUUAAGUACUCUGUCAAUGCAUUCUAUGGGAUCGUAAAACCCAUAUUAUUAUCAUUAUUAUAGGAAUGGACAGAGCCCCCGUCUUAAACUCAGGUAACAGCGUUUAUUACAAGAGAGUACUGAAGAAAAAUACAAAGAACCUUACAUUUUAUAGCGACAACAUAAAAUGACAUCAUCAGUUUCUCACACCCUCUCCGAUCCACACAAUAGCGCAGUGUCUUCUGGUCUGGAGAUGUCUUCUACUCCCCUCAUAAAACAAACAUUCCAAUCUGUCUAAAAGAUAAACUUUUCUCCACUAAUGGAACAUCAAACAAACAUUCUUAUCUGUCUGAAAAUAUAUAAUAUAUACAAGGUACAGACAAUUCAUUUGUUUUACUUACAUUUUCAGUAACAGCUUAACCAAGAACCCAUACAUUUCAUACCAUAACAUAAUAGUAUUAAAAUAGAUGGUUCUAAUUUAAAUGUAUACAUAAUUAAUCAUUUCAACCAUAAUUUCCUCCAACAAUUACUCAUCACAAUCACACAAUCACAUCCACACAGGAGAGAGAAAUUACUUCUCUUAGCAUGUAUAUUGAUAUUUCACAUCUCAUUGACUCACAACUCAUCAGAGAACAUACACAGUGCUCCCAUUGUCUUAUA